AUGUUUGAGUUUACUGACAGUGUAUUGCAAGCAAGACCAGAUCUCAUGUGGAUCCAGAACCAAAUGGGAAGGGACCCCUUUCAGUUUGCAAUUGAAUGUCGCCAAGAAAAAAUUUAUAGCCUUAUUUAUAGACUCAAUAAAAGAAAAAGAACAUUGAUUGGAACUUUUGGAGAUAACUAUGGCAAUUGCUCCCUACAUAUGACCGGGAUGCUAUCCCCAUUGGCAAAGCUCGAUAAUAUCUCAGGUGCAGCUUUGCAAAUGCAGAGAGAACUGCAAUGGUUUAAGGUGUCAAACUUGUUUUGGUAUAAACGAAGUGCUCUAAGUCUAACCAAACCAAUUUCAAACUGCCCUCGAGCUUUAUGCGCAUAUUCAAAUGAAGGCCUGCACGCAAUCAAUAAAAGCAUUAUCCACUAA